UCUCUCUAAUGCCUUCACAAAGGUAACAAGAGCCAAGAGCCAAGAGAUAGACCACAAGAGCACAAGUUCCUCUGUAUAUAUAAGUUUGUGUGAACAACAGUUCAGAGAAAGUGGUAGUGAGAGAAAAUGGAAAGAGAAGGGGACUAUGAGCGACAAAACAGGGUUGAGAAGCCACAGAGGAAUAAGUAUGCUCUUGCUUGUGCUACUCUUGCUUCCAUGACCUCCAUAUUACUAGGCUAUGAUAUCGGUGUGAUGAGUGGUGCGAUUCUGUUUAUCAAGGACGACCUCCACAUCAAUGAUGUAGAGGUCGAGAUCCUGGUUGGCUCCCUCAACAUAUUCUCCCUCAUUGGCUCAGCGGCCGCUGGCCGCACCUCUGACUAUAUCGGCCGCCGCUACACUAUCGUCUUCGCCGGUGGCAUCUUCUUCGUAGGAGCCCUCAUGAUGGGCUUUGCUCCCAAUUAUGCCUUCCUAAUGGCUGGUCGUGUCGUGGCUGGGAUUGGUGUUGGUUAUGCCCUGAUGAUCGCACCAGUGUACACCGCAGAGGUGGCGCCGGCCUCCAGCCGAGGUUUCUUGACUUCUUUUCCUGAGGUUUUCAUAAAUUUGGGUAUUCUAUUGGGAUAUGUUUCGAACUAUGUAUUUGCAAGGCUGCCAGAGGACCUCAGCUGGCGACUGAUGCUCGGGGUGGGGGCAAUACCUCCGGUGUUCUUGGCGGUGGGGGUGCUGGCGAUGCCGGAGUCACCGAGGUGGUUGGUUUUGCAAGGAAGGCUAGGAGCGGCUAAGAAGAUUUUACUCAAGACUUCAGACUCUCCGGACGAAGCACAACGGCGCCUCUCUGAAAUCAAGGUCGCUGCUGGAAUCCCCGAAAAUGCUGAUGGCGAGGUCGUGUCGGUGCCGAAGCACCACCAUGGAGAGGGUGUCUGGAAGGAGCUCCUCUUGCGCCCCACCCCAGCUGUCCGUCGCAUGCUGAUCGCAGCUGUUGCCAUACAUUUCUUCCAACAGGCCUCCGGCAUUGAUGCAGUUGUCCUCUACAGCCCUCGGGUUUUCGAAAAGGCAGGAAUAAAGGAGAAAAGUAAGCUCCUUGGAGCCACUGUUGGUGUAGGACUUACAAAGACCACCUUCAUUCUGGUAGCCACUUUCCUGCUCGAUAGACUGGGUAGGAGGCCACUGCUUCUGAGUAGUUUAGGAGGAAUGGCAGUUUCUCUAUUUGGUCUAGGCUUUGGUCUAACCAUGAUAGCACACAGUGAUGAGAAGUUAGUUUGGGCUGUUGGCCUCUGUAUCACCACCAUUCUACUAUAUGUCGCAUUUUUCUCAAUCGGAAUGGGGCCGAUAACUUGGGUUUACACUUCAGAGAUAUUUCCGUUGAGGCUUCGGGCUCAGGGGGCGAGCAUAGGGGUUGCGGUGAACCGUGUGAUUAGUGGUGUGAUAGGAAUGACAUUUAUAUCAGUUUACAAUGCCAUUACCAUAGGAGGGAGCUUCUUCUUGUAUUCAGGGGUUUCUCUUCUUGCAUUCUUGUUCUUCUUCUUCUUCUUGCCUGAGACAAAGGGCCGGACUCUAGAGGAAGUAGUUGAAUUGUUUGAAAAGAAAACGACAGCGCGACCGCCUCCGCAACACGAGGUGGGAGGUGCGGCCAGUCGAUCGAUUGAACUCGCAAAUGGUCAUAGUACUUAGAUACUCUAAAAAAUGCACCAUGGUGAGAAUCAAACUUUAGACCUUGGCUUUAUGAAGGUGAGUGAAGGUUCCACUGGUUGCUCAACAGUGGAUUUGAUACUAAUUAUUACUAAGGAUUGGUAAGAAAAACUAUGAAAAUUAAGUAUGGGGUUCAGUUUAUGACAAAGUCUGAAUUAGAAAGGGAAGAAGGAUCCCAUGUGAAAAGGGGGGGGGAGAGAGAGAGCAAUGAGAGGAAAUGGAAAUAGAAAGAUGGAAGAAAAUGUUGAAUGUUGUACUGAAAGAUCCUAGUUGUUAUGUAAUUUGUUGAGAAACAAUGAUCAUUGUGUGACUUUGUGAAAAAGAACCAUAA